AUGUAAGAAUUUUUGAUUUAUGUCAAGGUUGAAAAAACAAAACUAGAAAUGCUAUUCUUGGUUGAUGUGGAAAGGAAAAAAACAGAGACAAAUAAAUAAAUUAUUCAUUAAGCAUUUCUAGAAUCUCAAGACCUACUAAAUGAAGCAAAUAAUAAAAAGUUAGCAAUAAUAUAAUAAUAAAAUGAAGGCACUUUAUAACAAAUAAUACAAAAUAAUCAAUAAGAAAUAAUAAAAUUGCAUAAAUAUUAUGAGUAAUAGAUUGAAAAGAUCAAAUAAUAGUAUGCUUCAAAAGAGGAAGAAGAAAAAUUUAAUUAUUAAAAUAGCUUAUAAUAGUUAAAGAUUUAGAUUUAGACUAAUUUUGAGUAUCAACUUGAACAAUAUAGAUAAUAAUUUUUAAGAGAAAGAAAUGAAAUCAAUGAAAGACACACUUGGGACAUUUAGAGAAUAAAAGAAAAAAAUGAGUAAUAAAUAAAAAUUAUUUUUGAUAGACUCAGUAGAGAAUACGACACAAAAAUGAAUGAUUAACUUUAUUAACUAACAAGUAGUUAUGAAUGCAAGAUUGAUCAACUAAAACAAUAACUUACUCACAUUGAAUAAUAAAGGUAGGUUUUAGAUGAUCAACUUCGAAUAAUACAAAAAUAAAAUAGUGAUAAAAUAGAAAAAUAAGAAAGGACUUAUUCAAAUGCUUCAGUUUAAGCUUCAACCCUUUUGAAAGAUUAAGAUAUUUAAACGGAAUAAUAUAUUCAUAUGAUUGAACCUUUAUAUUGUACUAAUUAUGAAGAGAUCAUAACAAAGAACAACUAACUGAAACAAUUGAAUUUUGAUUUAACAUCUUAGAAUUAGGAUUUAAAGGCCAAUAUUCAAUUUUUAGAAUAAUUAGUGAAUAAAUACUAAAAUUUAUUUGAUUGA